AUGGCUCUACUCCUCACAAACCAAGGCCAAUCCCUCGCCUUAUUUCUGGUUCUCGUUUUGGGCUUCUGCUCCUCCCAAGCUUUUUGUAGUCGUCAACUUUCUGAUGACGAAAAAAUCAUGUUGGAGAGGCACAAGGAGUGGAUGGCUCGACAUGGACAUGUUUACAAGGAUGCACAAGAGAAGGACAGGCGUUACAACACAUUCAAGUCCAAUGUGGAGUUUAUAAAAGGCUUUAACAAGAAGAGCGAAAACAAGUACAGGCUCGACAUCAAUAAGUUUGCAGACCUAACUAACGAGGAAUUUCAGGCGAUGAGUCAAGGCUACAAGAGGAUACACCUCCCCGAGAUCAUGUCCAACUCUUCCAAAGCAGCUCCAGAUAACAAUUUUCGAUAUGAAAAUGUCACCGAUGUGCCAAUAUCUAAGGAUUAUUUUUCAAUUGGCGCGGUGACCACAGUCAAAUACCAAGGGCAAUGUGGAUGUUGUUGGGCGUUCGCAUCAGUGGCAACCGUAGAAGGGCUAAACAAACUCAAAACAGGAAACCUAAUUUCACUAUCAGAACAAGAGCUAAUUGAUUGUGACACGAACAGCUACGAUCACGGCUGCGAUGGAGGUAAUUCAAAGGUUGCGUAUGACUACAUGAUCAAACUCAAUAAAAGCCUUGCAACUGAAGAUAAUUACCCUUACCAGGCUAAAGAUGGAGGAAUUUGCAGAACUACUACUGUUGCUCCUGCAUCUGGUGCCAUAACCAUAACCGGCUACGAGAAUGUGCCUGCAAACAAUGAAGAUGCAUUGUUGAAGGCUGUUGCGAACCAGCCGGUUUCUGUUGCCAUUGAUAUUAACGCAAAGGAAUUCAAGUAUUAUUCGAGUGGCGUGUACACUGGACCAUGUGGUACAAACUUAACCCAUGAAGUGACUGCAGUUGGGUACGGUACUAGUAAUGAUGGGACUAAGUAUUGGCUGCUCAAGAAUUCUUGGGGUAAAGAGUGGGGGGAGAGUGGAUACCUUAGAUUACAAAGAGAUGUGCCCGCCAAGGAAGGUCUAUGUGGCAUUGCUAUGGAAGCUACCUAUCCAACCGCAUGA